GCAUUAUUAUUGCGUUGCAGCCACUGGCCGACAGCAUGCAGCAGCCAGCUCCACACAAAAGAUUUCGCUUCCACCCGAAACCCUCGAUCGUUGUCUGUCGUCUGGACUGUUGCUUUGUUGCUUUGUUGGUAGAUCCUCUGCUCGCUGUACCUUCCAUCAGCUUCUACGGGUGUACUGAGAGUCCACUUCAAGAGAGUAAAAACAUAUCGAGCAAGCAGCUGUUUGUUUAUUAUUUUGAGCCAAGAUCACAAACAAGUUUGAGUGACCAUGGCAUUUAAUUUUGGUGGUGGUGGCGGUGGCGGUACUCCAGCCCCUGCUCCGGCGGGAGGAGGCUUUUCGUUUGGAGCGUCGACUCCAGCACCGGCUGCGGGGGCAUCGACGGGAUUUGGUGGUGCUCCGAGUGGUGGUUUUAGUUUUGGUGCCCCCAGUGCCGGUGGUGACAAGGCUUCGGGUGGCUUUAGUUUUGGUGGUGGUGCUGCUACGCCAGCAGCCGAUGAAAAAACUCCCAAAAGAGCUCCUGCCUUUGGUUUUGGAGGAGGUGCUGGUGGAGGCGACUCCAAACCUCCUUCCUUUAAUCUAGGUGGCGCCGAUGCUGCCGGGCCUGCCAGUUUCAAUUUUGGAGGAACUCCUGCUCCCGACAACAGCCAACCACCAGCGGCCGCUGCUCCUGCCAGUUACAAUUUUGGUGGAGCUACUCCAGCUCCACCACCCAAGGCAGACGAUGCCAAUAAACCAGCCGCCGCGACUCCUGCCAGUUUCAAUUUUGGAGGAGCAGCUCCAGCUGCCGAUCCCAAAACCCCAGCUGCUGGCGCUUUUGGCUUCGGAGGGGCAGCUCCAGCGCCUGCAGCCACGGAAGGUGCCAAUAAUCCACCCGCUGCUGCUGCUCCAACCGCCAGCUUCAAUUUUGGAGGAGCAGCCCCUGCUGCUGAUGCCACAGCUCCAGCCGCCCCAGCCGCUGGUGGAUUUGGUUUCGGAGGAGCAGCUCCAACGCCGGCGGCCAAGGAAGAUGCCGGCAAUCCAGCCGCAGGAGGAUUUUCAUUUGGUGGUGCGGCGGCAGCAGCCGCUACCACACCAGCAGCCCCAGCAGCAGGAGCCGCCGCUGGUUUGCCUGGUGGAUUUUCAUUUGGUGGUGCAACCCCAGCACCCGGCAAAGAGGAUGUCAGCAAGACGCCGGCUGCCCCUGCCGCGGGUGGAUUCAACUUUGGAGGGGACACCGGAAAGACUCCCGUCCCACCCACACCUGCUACCCCGGCCCCGGUAGUCACGCCCAAACCACCGACUGCUCCUGGAGUGGCUCCCACGACAACUCCUGGUGCGACCAUUGCUCCGACACAACCCGGAGCCACUACAGCCCUGGCCGUAGCUCCUGCUCCUCCUACGGCACCUGCCGUCUCCAAGGAACCGGCCCGAUUGGAUUACCAAACCUUGACGGUCGAACAAAUCCUCAACAAAUUUCAGCAAGAACUCGAACAGGAUGCCAUUCUUUACUGUCAAGAAGCCCAGCGUGUCAGUCAGUAUGAUGCCAUGUUGCGUGAUAGUCAGCGUGAUUUGGCAUCGAUUACUACCCAAUCGCAACGGCUACUGCACAAACAAGAAGAAUUGGAACGUACAUUUCAGGGCAUUGGUGCCUUUCAGGAGGAAUUGGAUAAUUCCAUGGAAGCGAUUGAACAGCACGUAGAUCAACUCUUCCAGGCUCAAGCCCAUCUAACACCAAAGGAUGCCGAUAUCCAACGAGAACAGGCCUAUGAGACGGCGUCUGAAAUGGAUGUUUCCCUCAGUGUGUUGCAAGACAAUUUGCGUCAAACCCUCCAACAAAUGGAUUUGGCGCAGGAAUCUGUCUUGAGCAAAGCUGGCGAAGUGGGACGUAUCGUUCAUGUGCUCAACAUGCAUCAGAAUCAAUUGGCCGAACUAGAAUCCUACUCUCGAAAGUUGGAAAUGGAUGUGGUCCAAUUGAAUCAAGUCAUGAAUGCUCCACCGGCUACGCAACAACAACAGCAGCAGCAGAGUUUGCCUAUUGGAAUGCCUCCGUCUCGUUUUGGUUGAAUGAAUGGUGACAACGAUGACAUGGAGUGCAAAUGGUUUUGCGAAGCUUGUUGAUUCCCUACACGCCCUUUUUGACAGGGCUCUUUGGGAUUUAUUCUGACUUGUCUUGCUGCUUUACCAUUCGUUCCUGGACAGCUGGUGUUUGUGGGGAGUGAACAGUGUAGUUUGAAUGACUACUAAUGAAGGUUGAUUGAUCU